AGUAAGGCAAUGAAGUUAAGCAAGAUCAUUGUGAAUCUGACGCAUUUUCGUCCAGCUUGUGGAGUUUGCUGAGGUUCUAAAUAUUCUGCCUCACUCCAACAUUCAGAUCCAUUCCUGCUCUUGUGAAAGAAUCGUCUACACAUGACGACACUUUAACUUACAGACACCAGGACAAACUUAAAGGUGGAUCAUUCAGGAAUCGCUAAUUCACGUAACGCUACAUAGCUACUGAUCCCAUAUUUUUGGCCUUUGGAGAUUUUGACAGAUCGGUAGGAGUCACAGAGAAGUGCAUUGAGUUCUGUCUUGGUGAUUUGUUUAAAAUCAAUGCUGCAACCCUUUUCUCUACACCAGUCACUGAAGCAUUUCACUGCCCAUUGGGUUUGCUCAUGAGCACUGAAAAGACAGACUUCAACUUACAUGAUACAGUAAAUAAGAUUAAAUACAGAGACUGAGAACAGGAUUAUGUCUGACAGCACAGUGUCUGCUGUUCACAAUCCUGCUCACAGGAGAACACGCAGCAAUAAUUUUGAUCCUCCUAACAUGAGAAUUAUUCUGCUGGGUAAAGAUGUGUCAGCAAACAGUGGAGUGGGAAACUUCAUGUUGGGAAGAUCAGCGUUUGAUAGUGAAGCUCCUCCAGAUGAUCAUCAGAUUGAGAGAGUCAGAGGAAAAGACAUGAUGAUCAUCAACUGUCCUCAUCUGCUCCAGCUGAACCUCUCAUAUCACCAGAUCAUACAGACAGUGAAAGAGUGUGUGGAUCUGUCUCAUCCAGGACCUCAUCUCAUCCUUCUCAUCUUUAAACCUGAUGACUGUUCAAGAGAAGAUCAAGAGCAUGUGGAGAUCAUACUCAACUCUUUCUCUGAUAGUGUUUAUCAACACACACUGGUGCUCACAACACACGACUCACACACUGAGGAACAAACUGAAGUCAAUGACAACAUACAGAAAAUCAUUAAAAAAUGCUUUAGCAGACACUACAGACUGGAGAGAAACAGCUCUCCUGAUGAUCUUAAAGAGACAUUUAGAGACAUUGUCAAAUCAAAUGAUGGCAGUUAUCUGAUUUAUGAUGAAUAUGAAGAUGCACAGCGAUUCACAAUGAAGCAGGAGACAGAUGAAAGAGUUUCAGAGGAUGUAAAACUGAACUUGGUUCUGUGUGGAAGUGACAGAAGAUUAAAAAGCUUAAUUUCAAAGCUGAUGAUGAAGGAGAGCAGCAGAAGAUCAGUGAUGAGAUCAGACUUCAUGAGGAGAGAGAUGGAGGUGUGUGGACGUCUGAUCAAUCUGAUGGAGCUUCCAGCUCUGAGUCGACUCUCAGAAGAUGAAGUGAUGCGCCAGACUUUCAGCUGUUUGUCUCUUUGUGAUCCUGGAGUUCAUGUGUUUCUCAUCAUUGUUCCUGAUGGUCCACUGACUGAUGGAGACAAAGAAGAAAUGCAGGCGAUCCAAAGAUUAUUUGACUCUGGAGAAAACUUUGUGGUGAUUUUUACAUCCGAGUUCACCAUUGACAGAAGUGUAACAGAUACUCAAACAUUCAGCAGAGAAACUCAGAGUCUGAUCAGUCUCUUUGGGGGAAGACACAGAGUCUUGAUAUUGAAGGAAGAUGAAAAAUCCAGACAGAUUCCCGAUCUUCUGGAUUAUUUUGAAGACAUAAAGACUGAACCUUAUUCACUCCAGAUGUAUGUCAACAAAAUCAAGCAAUUAGAGCAGAAGAUUCAAUCCGAUGUGAAUGAAGGCCGUCAAAGUCCACCUUAUGAUCGACCAAACAUGAGUGAUCUGAGGAUUGUUCUGCUGGGGAAGAAUCUAUCAGAAAACAUCAGAGUAAGAAACUUUACCCUGGAAAUAAAUGUGAUGGAGAGUGAAGAUUAUUUACAGAAUCACAGUGUGAGAAUCAGUGGAAUGGUGGAGAACAGACACGUUGCAUUCAUAAACUGUCACCUGCUUCAGCCGAACCUCUCAUUCUAUCAGAUCACAGAAAGAGUAAGAGAGUGUGUAAAUGUGUCUGCUCCAGGACCUCAUGUGUUUAUACUCGUACUGCAGCAGCGUGACUUCAGUGAGAUGGACAAAAGCAGAGUAAAGUAUGUGCUGAACUGCUUCAGUGAUCAACAGGCGAUAAAACGCACCAUAGUGCUGACUACUGAUGAAGAUAUACACAGAUCCAAACACAGUUCUGUCAGAAACAAUGAAUUGAAUCAGUUAAUAAAUGAAUGUGGAGGAGGACAUCUUCACUUUAAUGAAAGACAAGAAGAAUGGUGCUCUGAGAUGUUGAAAAGGGUGGAUGAGAUAUUUAGGAAAGAACCUGAAGAAUAUCUCAAAUGUGACAUCUAUGAAGAUGCAGGGUCAUCUGUUGAUCCAGAGCCGACUAAACAUGAAGAUUCAGUGAGAUCAGAGGAGGAAAAAUCAUAUCACAAAGAUGAUGGAAAACCCAAAGAGAUACAUAAAAAGAAUACAUUUGGAGGAAGUUUAUUUUCAUCAGAAAAAUCAAAUCUGAACGUAGUGUUGUGUGGAUCUGAUGCAGGACUGAAAGUCAACGUCUCCAAACUACUACGAGGAAUAAAACUAACACAUCAGAAAGAGUUCAGCUCAGUGUGUGUGAAGAAAGUAGAGAAGAUUCAUGGACGACAGAUCUCUGUUGUUGAACUUCCAUCACUGACUCAACUCUCAGAAGAUGAAGUGAGACGUCAGACUCUCCGCUGUGUGUCUCUCUGUAAUCCUGGAGUUCAUGUAUUUGUCCUCGUUGUUCCUGUUGGUCCAUUGACUGAUAAAGACAAAGAAGAAAUGGAGAAGAUCCAGAAGAUGUUUUACUUCAACAGUGAUCAUUUCAGGGUGAUUUUCACAACUGAUGUCACUGUUGACAAACCUCUGACAGAAUUUGUAGAAUCUUAUUCUGAUUGUAAAACUCUAAUCAAUCUCUGUGGAGGACGAUACAGGGUGUUGGGACUGAAAGAAUAUGAAAAAUUUAAACAAACACUAAUGGAUUAUAUAAAGGACAUAAAGACGGAACCAUACUCACUUCAGAUGUAUCUGAAAUCUCAAGAAAAGAGAGGAAGAGAUGAAACUGAAGAGAAAUAUAAAGAAGAACUGAGUGAAAUGAAGAGAAAAAACAAAGAGUUACAGCAAAAGAUCAACUCGUAUGGUAUUGAAGGAGAACAGGAAGAUCUGAAGCAUUUAAGGAUGGUUUUGAUCGGGAAGACAGGAAGUGGAAAGAGCGCAACAGGAAACACAAUACUGGGAAGAAAACUAUUUUACAGCGACUUACAGCCAAGUUCAGUGACGACUGUUUGUGAGAAAGGGGUUUGUGAAGUUGAUGGUCGAUCAGUCGCUGUUGUUGAUACUCCAGGUCUGUUUGACACAAAAACACAAAAAGAACAAGUGUUGGAGGAAAUCAUGAAAUGUGUUUCACUGUCAUCACCUGGACCUCACGCCUUCAUCAUUGUGUUGAGUUUGGGAAGAUUGACCCAGGAAGAAACCGACACUAUAGAUCUGAUAAGGAUGUUCUUCGGUCCUAAAGUUGCACAGUUCAGCAUCGUUCUGUUCACAAGAGGAGAUGAUCUUGAGGAUAAAUCCAUAGAGGAUUAUGUGAGAAAAAUUGAAUCUGCUGAACUAAAGAAACUGCUCAGAGACUGUGGAAACAGAUAUAUGGCCUUUAAUAACAGAGAAAAACAAGACAGAACUCAAGUCACUAAACUGAUAAAGAUGAUAGAAGAGAUGAAAAAAACUAAACACAGCAGAUAUUUCACUAACAUCAUGUUUGAAGAGGCAGAGAUGAGCAUUAAAAAGAGAAUGGAGGAAAUACUGAAAGAGAGAGAGAGAGAAAUUCAAGCAGAAAAUGAGAAAAUAAAAGCCAGACAUGAUAUUGAAAUGAAAAACAUGAUGAAGACAUUGGAGGAAGAGAAAAAAAAAGCAGAUGAGGAAAGAGUGCAGAUGGAAAAUAAAUUUAAGGAGCAGGAAGAAACUCUGAGAAAAGAAUUUAAUGAGAAAGAGAAAACAGAACAACAGAAACAAGAUGAGGAGAAACAGAAACGAUUAGAAGAGGAAAAACAACAAAGAGAUGAAUAUGAUCAGAAGAUAGAAGAGAUAAAGAGAGAGAUUGAAAAACAGAUAUCACAGUAUGAAAAGAGAGAGAAAGAGAGAGAAGAGGAGGAUAGAAGGAGAGAAGAGAAAUACAGAAAAGAUCAAGAAAAGAUGAAACAUGAACAAGAACAAAUAAUAGCAGAAUUACAAAAGAAACAAGAGGAGGAGAUUAGAAAGAGAAAUUUAGAUGAACAGAAGAGAAGUGAACAAGAAGAGAGAGAGAAACAAGAAUGGGCGAGAAAAAUAAAAGAAGCUGAACAUGACAGAAAAGAGACUCGAGAAGAAAUUAAACGACAACAGAGAGAAUGGGAGGAUGACAAGAAACGACAGAUGAGAGAAAGAGAAGAAGAAGAAAGAAAGAGGAGAGAGAAACAUGAAGAACAACUGAGAGAAAAACAAGAAGAACUGGAGAAAAUGAGAAAGAAACUUGAAAAAGAGAAAGAAGAAGAGAGACAAAAGAGAGAAGAAGAGACACAGAAACAGAGACAAGAGAAAGAAAAGAAAGAGAAAGAAUAUGAAGAAAAGAAAAAUGAAAUGAUGAAACAUUAUGAGAAACUGGAGCGAAAGAGAAAAGAGGAGUGGGAGAGAAAAAAACAAGAGGAUGAUGAGAGAAGAGAAGAGGAGAGAAAGAGAUGGGAGAAAAGAAUUGAGGAUAUAAAAAGAGAAAAAGAAGAAGAGAUCAGAAGAAUAGAAAGAGAGAGAAAGGAAAAAGAAGAAAAAGAACGAGAAGAAAUGAAGCAGGAACAUGAGCAGAGAAUAAAAGAGAUGAAGAAGAAAUAUGAAGAUGAAGCCAGAAAACAUGCAGAGGAAUUUAAUGAAUUCAGAGAAAGAAAGGAGGAACAUGUUAAAGAGCUUAAAGAAAUGCUGGAGGAACGACAGAAACAACACGAAUUACUAGAAAAACUUCAUCAACACUUAAAAGAACAGAAAGGUGAAGAAGUAAGACAGCUACAAGAAGAAGUUGAAAAACUUAAAAAGAAACCAUGGUGUCCCAUUAUGUAAAAGGGACAAGACAAAAUUUUGCCAGUUAUAAUGGUGAGCAUGAUAUUUAAUAUGCAGUACUGGAAAUAUUAAUCACAUUAGACACAUGGGUCUCAUUGUCUAGGGAAGAUUCCUUUGUGCCCCCCCCAAAGAAAAUUCAUGACAUAAAUCUCAAACUUAGAUUUAAACAAAGCAUAUUAGCUGAUAGCAUGUAGUGCUGUUGGUAAGUAGCCUUAUUUUCCUGAGGUUUAUGAUGAACUAAUGUGUUUGUUUUAAUUUUAUAAAAGUUUGCUCCCCUACCUUCCUGCCCCCCCCCCACAUUAUAGAAUAAUUACUUUAACUGCAUGUGUCCUAAACAUUUAUCUGGGAUUCCCAAUCAAUGUAUAUGUCUCUUUUAGUUCAGUAAGUGUGAGAGAGAGAGAGACAUUUACAUUUAUCAAAUGCUUUUAUCCAAAGAAACUUUCAAAGGUUCUGCAUAGGUGAAUGUACACUCAAAAAAAAGCUCAUUGCCAAUCAUUGGAUCAUUGGAUGGCCAUGAAUUGUUUAUUUUAGGUCAAUCUGUUUUUUUUAAUUUCCAGGUUGUAAAAUGUAAUGUUAGUGAAGGAACUUGGAUAGAUAAGUACAAUUUGAGUUUGUGCCUUAACCCAUUGGCCUUCUUUUAAUGACCAUAAAUUUUCCAUUUCAAGUCAAUUAAAAUAUUUUACAUUAAUAAAUAGAUGUGUUAUUGUUUCUUUUCAGAAAUGUACAUUUUCCAUUUUGUACAUAUACUGUAAAAAGAAUAAAGUAUCUUGGAUGGACAAGUGACAUUUUUUUGGUAAAUGUAACAUUCCCAGGUUGUACAACGUAAUGAUAGUAAAGGAAAUAAGUGAAAUUUGAGUUUGUGCCUUAAACCCAUUGCCAGGAACGUGCACAGGAGGGUUGCUCUGGUUGCCCGGCAACUGCCCAUAUGCCCUUCUCGCCUCAGUUGCCCUUCCAAGGUGGAAUUUUUUUUUACUUUUACUUCGUUUACACUGUGCAGCCUUCCUUCGUUACUGUAUUUUAAUUAAUUUCGAAAUUUGUAUUUUAUUUUUACAUUGCUGUCUCGUGUUUCUGGGGCAUGCGCGCAAAUUAAUUACUUAAUCGUUUGAGUCGAUUCCUUACAAAGCAAAUGGGCCAAACGUUUUGAAUUGUUUCGGGAAUCAGUUUGAAUGAAUUGUUCAGAUUGCUGCAAAAACUUAAUCGUCUAAUGCUGUUUUACUUGUAGCGUAUGCAGAAACACGCAGUUUAAACAGUGUUGGGUGACGUGGAUAUGAAUUUACUAAUCUUUUAACUAAAAGCAAAACUUUACACAUGUACCCGCCAUUAUAUACGCGUGAGCUGUUCGUCGUCAGACAUAGUUUAAGCUGCAGUCGGCAACUUUUUUGAUCAUAUUUUUGAUCAUAUUCACUGAAACCAACACUAUGCUCUCACAGAACUACAUAAAUUAGACUGUUUAAGAAAAAAAACCCACGCUUCUAGCUCCACCUAGAGCCUGUUAUUUGUUUUGCAAAAUUCCACCGCUCCCAGUUGACUUUGUCCAAUCAGCGCAGGCCGGUUCAUUUGGUCGAAUCAGCGCAGGGCUGUGUAAAAUCUGCCUGUCAAUCACAGUACUUGCAUGCGCCACAGAUCCCUCCUCCCCCUUGCGCGCCUUACAAUAUCACGUGCAUCUGCCAAAAGUUCACAAGCGUGUUGGAUUGAACGCAGCGUUUAUCAACCAUUGAUUGUAUUUUGGAGUGUUAUCUAAGUAAUCUAAGUAUUCUUGCUAAGUAUGUUUUCAAAAUAAUACUGGUGCACACGCGCUGACGAGGAUGAGCUCCAAGAAGGUUGGUGGUAGUGGGGGAGGGACAUGAAAUUGUAAAUAUUUGAAACUGCUCAAUCCUCCAGAGUUGCCGACGACAGCUCAAUAAAUAAACACACGCAACCUCCAGAAAUACUGUAGCACAGAUUGAAGAAAAUCCAUUGAUGAUUGACGUCUGAUUCGCUGUACUGUAUGAUGUAAGUGCUUCUCACAACACACACGUGAGAUUACAACAUAAGAAAACAUGAGUUUUGUCUAAAAUCAGUUUGUAUUCAAGU